AUGUCAGUGGGGCCAGAACAACAGGAACAAAGCCUGCAAAAAACCAGACUAGAAGAAGAAAAAGAAAAGGAAUGUGAAAACCCACAACAAACAACAGAUGAAAAACAACCAGCGAAAGUUGGCAAUAGUAAUGCUGCUCAUGAUACCAAACAAGAGAUCCUGGAGCAAGAUUCAAUAGAAGUCAAACAAGAACCAAAGGAAGAAGAAGAGAAGGAAGAGCGUCCAGUUGUUACCUUGAAGAGAGAAAUUGAAGAAACAACAAUUGUAAACGGCGAUUCCCUCGAUCAAAAUGAAGAACCCUCCACCAAAAAAAUUAAAUUGGAAGAAUCUAACGGAAGCAGUAUUGUAGCCACUAUUCCAAAAGAGCAAAGAAUUGUUGUUACACCUCCUAAAAAACCACAACUAUUUUAUAUCCCUCUAAAAACAGGUUUGGUUUAUGAUGUAAGAAUGAGAUAUCAUGCAAAGAUCUUUACAUCAUAUUUUGAAUAUAUCGACCCACAUCCAGAAGAUCCUCGUCGUAUUUACAGAAUCUACAAAAGAUUGGUCGAAGCAGGUUUAGUACAAGAUUCAUCUUUAUCGGGAGUUGACGAAAUCGGACCAUUCAUGUUGAAGAUUCCUAUUAGAGAAGCAACCACAGAAGAAAUAUUGGAAGUACAUUCCGAAAGUCAUUUGAAUUUCAUUCAAAAUACCGAAUCAAUGUCUAGAGAUCAACUACUUGAGGAAACAGAAAAAGGUGACUCCAUAUAUGUCAACAAUGACUCCUACUUAUCGGCCAAACUAUCAUGUGGUGGUACCAUCGAAGCAUGUAAAGCGGUUAUUGAAGGAAAAGUUAAAAAUUCAUUGGCUGUUGUUAGACCACCGGGUCAUCAUGCUGAGCCAGAUACACCAGCUGGGUUCUGUUUAUUUAGUAAUGUUGCCGUUGCUGCUAAGAAUAUAUUGAAAAAUUAUCCUGAAUCUGUCAGAAGAAUUGUUAUUGUGGAUUGGGAUAUUCACCAUGGGAAUGGUACUCAGAAAGCCUUUUACAACGAUCCAAGAGUUUUAUAUAUAUCUUUGCACCGUUAUGAAAAUGGGAAAUUCUAUCCAGGAACAAAGUAUGGUAACUCCGAUCAAGUUGGUGAAGGUCCAGGAGAAGGUUACAAUAUAAAUAUUCCUUGGAGAUCCAUGGGUAUGCAUGAUGGAGAUUAUGUUUAUGCCUUUAAUAAAAUAUUGUUGCCAGCGAUAACAGAAUUUGAUCCAGAUUUAAUUAUUGUCAGUUCAGGUUUUGAUGCAGCUGAUGGUGAUGUCAUUGGUGGAUGUCAUGUGAGUCCUUCUGGUUAUGGAUACAUGACCCAUAUGUUGAAGGGUAUCGCUAAGGGUAAGAUGGCUGUUGUGUUAGAAGGUGGUUACAACUUGGAUUCAAUUGCCAAAAGUGCAUUGGCUGUGGCUAAGGUCUUGGUUGGCGAACCUCCAGAAAGUACUAUUACUUUGCUUCCUCAUUUAGAGACAAUUGAGGUUGUGGAUGAAGUUAUUAAAAUUCAAUCAAAAUAUUUCAAAUCAUUGAGACAUGGUAUCCCAGAGAAAAUUUUUGAAGACGUUUAUGAGUUACCAGGAGUUGAAAAUCCAAACUACAAGCUUGUUAACAUUGCUGAUCCAAUACGUUCGCAUCAAGCAAAUGACAUGUUUAACAAACGUGCUUUCGUUAAUCUUCCAAUUAUCAAUUCCACCAAUGAAAACGAAAAACCUUCAUUUAGUGUAGAUUUACCUGAUCAAUUGGAAGAUUUAAUCAUUGCCAGUCCUGAUAUCUACGAUUGCACUACUAUAAUACUAACGAUUCAUGACCCUCCAGAUAUCUGGGCUAAUGUUAAUCCUACCAAUGGGGUGAUUGAGAGUAACUCGACAAUUGUGUUGGAGCAUCCAUUGAAUCAACUAAUUGAGAAAAUUCAAAAAGAAAAAGAUCCAGAGAAUAAAGAAAAAUUCGGAUAUAUUGAUAUUAAUGUACCUUCUUUCCAACUCCCAAUACCUGGAUUAUCAUCGGAUCCAUCUACUUACAAUCCAAUCAUAUUUGCACAAGAAGUAUUAUUAUACAUUUGGGAUAAUUAUAUCACAUAUUUCCAACAAUUGAAGAAAUUGGUUCUUGUUGGGUUUGGUGAUAGUUAUCAAUCAAUUGUUCAUUUAUAUGGAAAGAGAAAUUCUCAAGAGGUUAAAGAAUUAGUUAAAGGUACGGUUGCAUUCUUGAAUAAAACUCAAUUGAAACCUGUAGUACCUGUAAUGGAUGAAUCAAUGGUUGAAUGGUAUUAUAAAAAUUCUUUAAUUUUCACAGGUUGUUCAAAUUCAUGUUGGAAUGGUACUAAUGGUAGUGGAGGAAGUUCAUCAAGUGGAGGAUCCAGUGGAUCUAAUGGUAAAAGUGAUUCAGGAGAAGAAUAUUCAAAUAAACGUCCAAGAAAGAAAUUUGGUAGAGUUAUUAAAUCAAAAUCUGAUGGAUUACCAGAUGUGAUACAAGAUAAAUUUGAUGAAGGUGUAGAUUUCAUCUUGGAUUCCAUCGAGGAUUUUUCAGCGUCCGAAGAUUCUUAG